AUGGCUAGUCAUCCAGUUGAUGAGGAAGAAAACAGUCGAACUCAAUCUCCAACUUAUACAUUGAGUAAUGACACAUUAACUUUAUCAGAUGAUGUUACUGCUGCGACAAUAACUCCUCCUGAUCACCACGAUCAGAUUGCAGGAGAUACUUAUCCAAUAUCAGAUAAUGAAUCAAAUGAUUCUGUAGAUAUCACAGAAUAUAAACAGCAGUCGGACGAUGGAGAAAAUUUAUUACAUCGUGAGUCCUGA